UGCAACUGGAACACCCUCGGGCACUGUGACCAGAACUGCCACCGGCACAGCCACAGCACCAGCUCCAACCGUCUCUCGGUCACCGCAGGACCCCGUCUCCUCUUUGACAAUGCUCAACCCCAAAGCCAAUCUCCAAAAUCCGCCGCUCUUUCCCAUCGGAGUCGACAUCGAUUUUGCAUGGGACUAUGACAAGUAUCUGAAGCUUCAACCAACCAACCUCACGAUUGAAGCAUUCAUGACCAACAGCCCCACCACCAUCAUCACUCUCGGCGCAGCCCUACCCGGAAACCUCAAGAACUACACCUGGACCGCCGCCAAUCAGAAGAAUAUCACACACCCUAUUCAAACGGCCAUGUACACCCUCAGGAUAUUCGAUGGUGCCGUUGGUCGAAGUGGUAGCCUGCCCCAGGGUGGUUACUUGAUCACAUACUCUGGACUUAAGUUUGGGCUCUAUGCUCCAAAUACCUACACUCCUGGUAGCCAAAUGAAUCCACCCAUUUGUGCCACCUGUGAGUUUUCAGGGGUGACUAACAAUGCCUUGAGGACAAUGCUCCCUGGUCUCGCAGUACUCUUGGCCACCGUGGCAUCGACCUUUGCUGUACUGAUAUAGUAAAGCAGAUGAGUGGUGGUGUCGAUUCUACCUAACCAAUUCAUUCAUAUGCAUACAUCGCAAUCUAGGACAUCUCGCAUCUUUUGCAAUAAAAAACAUAAAAAACAAAAAGUCUUCCGCUAUUUAU